AGCACAGAGAGUCCUCAUAGUUCCCCACAGCCAGCCCGGUCUAUUGAGCCAAACCCGGCAAAACAGAGCUAGCGGCGGGUUAGAGGACCCCCGGCAGGUGAAAUGGACGAACCCCUGGAGCAAAUGAGGCCCCUUUUGAGAACAGGUCUAGAUGAGGAGGCAAUUGUUGACCACGGGAAGAGCAGUUUCACCACUCAGACCAACUAUGAGAAGGACGAUUUAGAAAGCCACAGAGCAGUGUACGUGGGUGUCCAUGUGCCACUGGGGAGAGAGAGCAGACGGAGGCAUCGUCACAGAGGACACAAACAUCACCGAAAGAAGAAAGAGAAAGACGAGGAAGGCAAAGGAGAUGGACGUGACUCGCCAAUCGGUAUACACACCGUCCAGCGGGUUCAGUUUAUUCUGGGGACAGAGGACGACGACCUGGAGCACGUCCCACACGACCUCUUCACCGAACUGGACGAGCUGUCAUUCAGAGAAGGCAACGCGACUGAGUGGAGAGAGACUGCCAGGUGGCUGAAGUUUGAGGAGGACGUGGAAGAUGGAGGAGAGCGGUGGAGUAAACCAUACGUGGCGACUCUCUCUCUCCACAGUCUAUUUGAACUGCGCAGUUGCAUCCUCAACGGCACUGUCAUGCUGGAUAUGAGAGCCAGUAGUAUCGAGGAAAUUGCUGACAUGGUAAUAGACAGCAUGGUGGCUUCGGGUCAGCUCAAAGAAGACCUACGUGACAAGGUACGGGAGGCCAUGUUGAAGAAACAUCAUCACCAGAAUGAAAGAAAGCUCAGUAAUCGCAUACCGCUGGUGCGCUCCUUUGCUGACAUAGGCAAGAAACACUCUGACCCACUCUUGCUUGAAAAAAACGGAGAGGGACUAUCCUCUUCUCGCCUCUCUCUCCACAAGCCGGGUUUAUCUCCCUCUGGCUCCAACCUGUCCCAGAGACGAGAGUCCAAGGUGUCCGUCCUGCUCAACCACCUGCUCCCCUCCUCCAACACGCCCCUGUCCACUCCUCAAAAUACCCCCUCAUCUUUCCGACGUUCGGCCGACAGCCCACCCGGGAGCUAUGGGGCUGGACCACAAGGCAUCCCGGAGGUGGUGGUGUCUCCGCCUGAGGAUGAUGAUGUCCACUGUUCGGCCGAAGAAGAGGCAGGACAGCUCAGCCGCCGAGGGUCCUCUGUCUCUCAGGGCCUCGAGAUGCUGCCCUUAGAAGGACCAAUGUUUUCACCACACUCUGUUCCUAACAACCUGGAUGGCAACAAGGCUGUGGAGAGGAGACCGUCCAAAGUUGGGGUGGAUAUGAACUUCAUGAAGAAGAUUCCUCCUGGUGCCGAAGCGUCCAAUGUGCUGGUGGGUGAAGUGGACUUCCUGGAGAAGCCCAUCACGGCCUUUGUGCGACUAUCUCCUGCAGUCCUCAUCACAGGGCUCACGGAGGUGCCAGUGCCCACAAGAUUCCUCUUCCUGCUGCUGGGACCCCACGGCAAAGGGCCCACGUACCACGAGAUUGGCAGGUCGAUGGCAACACUCAUGACAGACGAGAUUUUCCAUGAUGUUGCAUACAAGGCCAAGGACAGGACAGACAUCCUUUCUGGGAUUGACGAGUUUCUCGAUCAAGUAACUGUGCUCCCUCCGGGUGAAUGGGACCCCACCAUCCGGAUUGAGCCCCCAAAGAAUGUCCCAUCUCAGAUGAAGAGGAAAAGACCGCCGCAACCGAAUGGUACAGCAUCCCCAUCUGGAGACCUGGAGAAAUCGGACGACCAUCAGGCAGGGCCGGAGCUGCAAAGGACUGGGAGGAUAUUUGGGGGUCUGGUCCUGGACAUUAAGAGGAAGGUCCCGUUUUACUGGAGUGACAUCAGGGAUUCGCUCAGCCUGCAGUGUCUGGCCUCCAUUCUCUUCCUCUACUGCGCCUGCAUGUCCCCCGUCAUCACCUUCGGGGGCCUGCUCGGGGAGGCCACCAAAAACAACAUAAGUGCCAUAGAGUCGCUAUUUGGGGCGUCGCUGACAGGAGUGGCGUAUUCCAUGUUUGCAGGACAGCCCCUCACUAUUCUUGGCAGCACAGGGCCUGUUCUAGUAUUUGAGAAGAUCCUCUUCAAGUUCUGCAAUGACUACGGCUUGUCGUACCUGUCCCUUCGCACCAGUAUCGGUCUAUGGACAGCCUUCUUGUGUAUAGUGCUAGUAGCCACAGAUGCAAGCUCUUUGGUUUGCUACAUUACUCGGUUCACAGAAGAAGCCUUCGCUGCUCUCAUCUGCAUCAUCUUCAUCUACGAGGCUCUAGAAAAGCUCUUCCACCUCGGAGAACACUACCCUGUCAACAUGCACAAUGAUUUGGAUAACCUCACAUCAUAUACGUGUCAAUGUGCUCCGCCGAUCAAUGCCUCAGCUGCCAUCAAACAGGUGUGGAACCAGAGCGGCUACACUGAAGAGGAUUCUAUACCCUGGAACAGCUUCAGUGUUUCGGUUUGUAACCAGUUCCAUGGAGAGUUUGUGGGUCCGGCCUGCGGUCACCACGGCCCAUACAUCCCUGAUGUGCUCUUCUGGUCCGUCAUCCUCUUCUUCACCACUUUCUUUCUGUCCUCCUUCCUCAAGCAAUUCAAAACCGAGAGAUACUUCCCUACCAAGGUACGCUCCACGAUAAGUGACUUUGCUGUGUUUAUAACCAUCAUGAUUAUGGUGCUGGUGGAUUAUUUGAUGGGGAUCCCGUCUCCAAAACUCAAUGUCCCGGACCGCUUUGAGCCCACUUCAAAGAACAGGGGCUGGCUGAUGGACCCUUUGGGGGAUAAUCCGUGGUGGACUCUGCUGGUGGCGGUGCUCCCUGCUCUGCUCUGUACCAUCCUCAUCUUUAUGGACCAGCAAAUCACAGCCGUCAUCAUCAACCGCAAGGAGCACAAACUCAAGAAAGGCUGUGGGUACCACCUGGACCUGCUCAUAGUGUCAGUAAUGCUGGGGGUGUGCUCCAUAAUGGGUCUGCCCUGGUUCGUGGCUGCGACUGUCCUGUCCAUCUCCCACGUCAACAGUCUGAAGGUGGAGUCCGAGUGCUCUGCUCCAGGGGAACAACCCAAAUUUCUGGGAAUCCGGGAACAGCGUGUCACUGGGUUCAUGAUCUUUGUCCUGAUGGGCUGCUCUGUGUUUAUGACAUCUGUACUCAAGUUCAUUCCUAUGCCAGUCCUCUAUGGGGUCUUUCUCUACAUGGGCGUCUCUUCCCUUAAAGGCAUCCAAUUUUUCGACAGGAUCAAGUUGUUUGGGAUGCCAGCUAAGCACCAGCCUGACCUGAUAUAUUUACGCUACGUGCCAUUGUGGAAAGUACACAUUUUCACGCUGGUGCAACUCAGCUGUUUGGUUCUUCUUUGGGUGAUCAAGGCCUCUGCAGCAGCUGUUGUUUUCCCCAUGAUGGUUUUGGCACUGGUGUUUGUGCGAAAGCUGUUGGACUUUAUCUUCACAAAGAGAGAGCUGAGCUGGCUGGACGACUUGAUGCCGGAGAGUAAGAAGAAGAAGGAGGACGACAAGAAGAAGAAAGCCCAAGAAGAACUGGUGUUAGCUGAUGAUGAAGACCUGGGGCUAAAAGUGGCUUAUGAAAACUCAAACCACCUCACCAUCCCAGUAAAGACCCUCACUGGAAAUUCAGAGUCUGACCCCAUAAAAAACUGUGGUGAAAAGGCUAAAAGCUCAGCCCUGAAAGCAGACUCCAGUUCUCAACCUGUGAGGCGUAGUGACAGCCAGGAGAAGGUGGCAUGCGUUAGGGUCGACUUGAGUCCAGAAGAUUCACCCGAAGGCGGCUCCGCGACCGAGACCUUCCUGUGACGGAGCAGGCGUUUCCUCCGCCCCCUGCCCCAACCCCCCCC